AACAUGCGGAUAACAAACAAUGAACUUGCUUACUUUAAUCAUGCAGGAAGUGUGUACUUAUGGUUUCCAAAACCCUCGCCAUCCAAUCUAUGCAAACUGAGAAUGUACAUGGCCUGGAAGCAUUUUAAUGCUGUAAUAUUGGGUAGACUUAUCAUUGGAAUACAAAUGGUAGAAUCCUUCUUAAUCAAUUCAGGUCCAAAUUUAAAUUAUUGAACAAGAAUAAUAAUAAUAUUGUAAUUAAUGGAUGUUAUACAAUAGGGCACAUAGUAGAUUUAUGAGAGUUACGCAUUUUUACCAAAAAAGAAACCUAGCAGUUAGGCUAGCAGACGAAUUCUCACCAAGAUCUCGCAUAUAGCGAGAUCGAGAUUCAAAAUGUCAGCGUCCAUAUGGUUUGUCGUUUGUUAGUGCGAGUGACAGGUGAUCGGAGAAUUCAUCGAUGUGAAUGUUCAGAUUAAGCAGCUACUAGAGAACUGAAUAUGGAAACUGUUCAAGAAAAUUCUUUAAAAGAAGAGAUGCACAAACCACAAACCAGCGCAACGAUAUCAAAGAAACAACUUCGGAGGCAACAACGCCAAGAAAAAUGGUUAUCCAUAAAAAAGGACGUACGAGCUAAGGAAAAACAGAGGAAGAAGCAGAAAAGACGAGAAGCAAUAGAAAGAGGCGAUAUAAUGGCACCCACCAGGAAAAAGCUGCGAAGCAACACAAUGGCAAAAUCCUCUUGUAAAACCUCUGUAGUUAUAGAUUGUUCCUUAGAUGAAUAUAUGGGGGAUAAGGAUAUAAUGAAGUUAGUGAAGCAAAUUCAGUUUUGCUACUCCAGCAAUCGUCGGUCACAGAACCCCAUGCAGUUCUAUGUCACUGGUGUGCAUGGUCAAACAAAAGAUAGACUGGAGGCCAUUGGAGAUUACCAGAACUGGGAUGUCAAUUUCACAAACAAGGAUUACCAUGAAGUGUUUGAAAAGAAGAAUAUAAUCUAUCUAAGUAGUGAGUCGGAUAAUAUAUUGGAAGAAUUAGAACCAGAUAAAGCCUACAUCAUUGGGGGACUUGUUGAUCACAAUCACCAUAAGGGAUUGUGUCAUUCUCUAGCAACAGAGAGAGAUGUAGGCCAUGCAAGACUUCCAAUCUCAGAGUUUUUGGAUAUGAAAACUAGAAAAGUUCUCACAAUUAAUCAUGUCUUUGACAUACUAUUGAAAUAUACAGAAACAAAGGACUGGCCACAGUCAUUUUGUUCAGUUCUACCUCAGCGGAAAGGAGCUCAGGUUAAACAGGACAGUCAGACAGAUAUCAACAGAAGCCCUCCGAUGGAGAAAGAAGACUGUUGCAGUAGUGUAGAACAAGAUACAAGGCCUCAGGCUUCACCGGUAUCAUGUACUACAGACAAUAGUGACAAUGCAAGUGAUAGAAAGAUGAAUGACCCAUUACCAGAGGACAUUGUUUUGGACCAAUCAGAAAACACUGACCAAGAAGCUGACUUUGAAACGUGAUACUGGAUGCUUCAAGUUAAAAUCAUUUCUCACUUUAGUUCUGAAUCUUCACUUUAUUUUAAUGACUAGUAGUUUCAUUUUUUUUAAAAUUGUAAUUCAAACAAAUCUAUUGUUUGAGGAAAAUCACAUGAUUAAUGAUAGAAUGUUGUAUAGCAUGCUACAAUGAUAGAUUCCAAAAAUAGAUCUGCAAUUUUUCAUUUUAAAUCAAAUCGUUGAAAUAUCACUGUUCAUAUUGUUUUGCCCAAAUAAUGAUUAGAAUUUCAUUGUUAACAUCAAAAUAUGUUCCAUGAUAUAUAAAGUGGUAUUGAAGCAUUGGGAAUUUUUGUCAUAUUAAAGUCAGUAAAGAAAAGCAAUUGUAGCAUGUUGAUUUCAUUCAUACUAAUCAGGACCCUUUACAUCCUCAGUCAAUAUUGUCUCUUGGUUGGUGCGAUAAACUUAUGGGUUGACCAAAAUCAGCACGCAAUGAUUGUAUGUCAACAUUCAACAAGUUUAUGAUAAAUAUAUGUACACAAGAUGAUGAGACUGAUAUGUGUAUUUAACAAAA